AGCCAGUCAGCUGAAACUCCUUUGCACUAAAACCAGAGUUUUAACACCAACAAGCUAAUAAUAAACCAUUUUAAUAAAUACAUUUCCCAUAAACACGCGAGUAAGCGCUUGCCGGUGCACCCAUGCGGUUCAGAUGUUCGUUCUGUAAAUGACUGGGUCAGUGUUUUAAGCUGGGUAUCCGUAAUUAGGUGUGUAACACUUAAAUAUUUGUAGCUCAGAAGAUGAGGUGGAUGUGCUCUUACACGGCACUCCUGACCAGAAGCGAAAGCUGAUACGGGAGUGCCUGACUGGGGAGAGCGAGUCUUCCAGCGACGAUGAGUUCCAAAAGGAGAUGGAAGCGGAACUGAACGCCACCAUGAGGACUAUGGAAGGCAAAUGGAAAUCACCAGAAAUGGGUACGUCCUCAAGUACUGAGCAGACUGGACCUGCCACCACUUCAAAAUACUAUGAUGACAUUUAUUUUGAUUCUGAUUCAGAAGAUGAAGAUAAAACAGCUACACAGGACGUCCAGAAAACCAGAAAACAUCAGCAACGCCGGAUUCUUUCCAAUGAUGAACUGCUAUAUGACCCAGAAGAAGACAACCGAGACCAAGAGUGGGUAGACUCACAAAGGAGGGGGUACCGUAAUCGAAGAAGAGCGCAGCCACAGCAGCAGACGAAACCUUCAGCUGUUCCAAAUAGUGAUGCUGUUUUGAAUUGCCCAGCUUGCAUGACAACGUUAUGCCUGGACUGUCAGAGACACGAAUCUUACAAAACACAAUAUAGAGCAAUGUUUGUGAUGAACUGCUUUGUUAACAAAGAGGAAAUUCUGAAAUACAGAAAGAAGCUAAAGAAAAGAGGUAAGAAAAUGAAGCGCGGCGAAGAAACUAUACAGUCAAAUCAAGAAGAGGAGGAAGUGUAUCAUCCAGUAUUAUGCACUGAAUGCUCAACUGAAGUGGCUGUAAUGGAUAAAGAUGAAGUUUUUCACUUCUUCAACGUUCUAGCCAGCCACUCCUAAUGUGCAAAAGCAGGGGGGAAAAAAUUCUGCACUGUUUAAGACUGUGUGAAGUAUGAGAGAUGCAGGCACGUAAGCCUUUUUUAAUUAUGGUCUUUUAAAUGUAUGUUUUCAUCAGAGAACUUCGUAACUGUUGGAUUUUUGUAAAGUAUAUGAAAGGAAUAGUUAACUGCCUGCUUUUGAGAGCAAUAUUCUUUCACACUGUCAGGUGGUUGCAUCAUUGAGGAUUUAAAAUGUUGUAAAUAGAAUGUAAUAUCUUUGUAUUAUGAUCAUUCACUGUAUAUAUACUACCCAUUAUCUCAAUAUGUAGUAGAACUGCUGCUUAGAAUAAAUACUGUGUAGUAACUGGUUCUCUGUAGCUGGAUUGGUCAUUUCACAGAAUCAUAGAAUCGUAGAAUCAUUUGGUUGGAAAAGAUCUUUAAGAUCAUCGCGUCUAUGGCGCGUGGUAAACAGCUCUCAGUCGGGAUGUUGGGCUUCUUCAGGCUGGUAUUCUUGGCAGAUUUGCACACAUGUGGGUUUGAUAAAGAAGGAAUUGCCAUUAUAUUUGGAUUUUUGGCCCAUUAAGAUCUCAAAAAUGGAAAUUUUUACUUACACAGAGUGGAAGAUUAGCUUGUAUCAGGUUUUCUGGCAUGGAUCUUUUAAAUCAACAUAUCUGUGCUUCGUAAUACAGCUAAGAGUUUUUAAUGUAAAUAGGUACGUGAAGAAAAUACUGGACUUCUUCUCUGUUGUCCUUUUUCCUUACGAUGACACAUUUUAAGCAGAAUUUUAUGGUCAGAUCUAUGACCAUAGAGCUAGUUUGUAUGCUUUUUUUGUUUCUUUAGUACAUUUACAGCUUCUUUAUGGAAGCAUAAAGAGCUUCUGCUACUCGACAUUGAGAUUUCUUGCUUAGUCCAUGAAGCCACUGCAGUGUUAACAGUGGAUCCUUCCCUCUCUUCCUCCAGGCAUGGUCCCAAGAGGUGAACUCUUGUCUUUUAUUAGUAGGUAACUUCUCCUCUUUAUAGCCUGGUAUUUUUUAACUUCUCACUUUGAACAAGGGUCGAUCUGAAAAAAAAUCUCAUCUUUAUGCUUCUGCUUUUAAUAGUACUAGGAAUAAUUUGUUGCAUGUGCUUUGAGGGAUUGUCAGAAAUAUCUAAACUUAAGAGGUAGGAACCUGAAGAACAUACUUCUGUUGUGCCUUAGAUUAUAAUAAAAUCUUGUGACUCUUCGGUUACCUUUUGUAGUCCCUGGUGCUGUAUUUUACUAAUUAGGCAUACUCAUUCUACAGUGUUACGUGAGAUUAGGAAGAAAAAAAAUACAUCGGUGGUUCUGUCAGGAUUAUGUGGGGAGAACACUGACUUCCUAUUUCCAAGUCAGCAGAAACUUAACCUCUGCUUGAUGAAGUAGAGAACUGUUGAGGCAGCUGCUGAGCGCUUCCUCUGCACGUGCAAUUUACGAUCAAAACUGAGCUGUGCUUGUUUUCAGGCUUGGGAUCUGCCGGAGGUAAGAUCUCAAUCUCGUCUGUGCUACCUAUGGUAGGGGAAACGCUACGCAGAGGAAUACUGUCAAUUUUCUUAAGGGGCUAAAUAGCAAAAAACUGUCUCAUGAGUGUGCACCAUGCUGAAAAGGUGUAAGGGGCCUGGUGGGUUCAGGCAGGUGUAGCAAGAGAUUUUGAAGUUUUCACGUUACCUUCCCUCUCAUUUGGGUACUUUCUUGCUGCUGCUUCUUGCUUGCCCUAUCUCUUGAAUUGCAGAGCUGCUUCCUAGGAAGCGUUGGAGCAGGCAGGACCGGGGCUCGUUUGCCCUGUAUGGGUAACAUUCUUGCAGCUUUGAAUGGGACUAACACUUCAGUUCCACUGAAUACCCCACUUGUCCUUGAACUUUGUAUGUGUUUAUGUAGAAAGGAAGCUUUCAUGAUUACCACCACUUUUUCAGGCAGCAACACCAACCCAAGACUCCUCCAGCAGCAACUGCAGCAAGCCACAGCGGUCUUGGAUAGGGACAACAGCUCCUGUAGCCAGUUGUGUGGGGGUAUUAAUCGUGUGAAUGCUCUCAUUUCUUCUUGUGCUGAAAUAAAUCUGCAUAGAUAAAGUGUGUCUAAAUGACUUCUGGUUGCAUUAAAUCCCCUUUCAG